AUGAAUUCUAAGUUUAUCCUUUUGAGUAUUGCUUUGCUUAUGCCCAUUUAUUUAGCUUAAAAUGUUUCUAUUGAAAAACUACUUGCUUACAAUAAAUGGUCCACCUAAAAUUUAAGAGCCUUCUUGAGCGAUGAAGAAAAGCUAUUUAGACAAUUAGUUUUCUUUGAGAACUUACAAAAGGUCAAAGAUCACAAUAGCCAAGACCAUCACACCUACUCACUUGAUUUAAACUAAUUUUCUGAUAUGACUGAAGAGGAGUUUGUUGAGAAAGUUCUUAUGAAAUCUCAUGUAGUUGAUCUUCACAUUAAAUAGGCUACCAGUAACAACUCAACUUCUUCUGCUUCAUCUAAUUCUACAAGCAAUAAUGCAACAGUUACAGUAGACUGGAGAACUAAAGGUGCUGUGACUUCAGUUAAAAACUAAGGUUAAUGUGGUUCUUGCUGGACAUUCUCUGCAGCUGGUUUAAUGGAAUCUUUUAAUUUCAUUAAGAAUAAAAAUUUAACAAACUUUUCUGAAUAGUAACUUGUUGAUUGUGUAAACUCUGCAAAUGGUUACGGUUCUAAUGGAUGUAAUGGAGGAUGGCCUGCAUCAUGCUUAGAUUAUUCCUCUAAAUUCGGUAUCACGACCUUAUAAAAUUACCCUUAUGUUGGUGUUUAAAAGAAGUGUAAUAUUACUGGAACUAACAAUGGUUUUAAACCUAAAUCUUGGAAGCAAAUUCCUAAUACUUCUAAGGAUCUAUAAAAUGCUUUAAAUUUCUCACCAGUUUCUGUUGUUGUUGAUGCUUCUACUUGGUCUCACUAUAGAUCUGGUGUAUACAAUGGCUGUAACUAAACCAAAAUUUAACUUAAUCAUGCUGUGUUAGCUGUUGGUUACGAUUCUGUUGGUAACUGGAUUGUUAAAAACUCUUGGGGUACUGGUUGGGGUGAGCAAGGCUAUAUUAGACUUUCUCCUAAUAAUACUUGUGGUAUUUUAAGCUAUAAUUACUAAAUUACAGCUUGA